UUAUAAUGAGAUAGUAUCUCAAAAUAACGAGAUAGUCUAUAUGGGCUCAGGAGGCUUAGGGACUCUGUGGAGGUUGAACCCCCCUUUCGAAUUAGUUCAGUCCACCUGUACCGUUUGACUUUAUCAUCGAUGCUUGCUGCCUGGCGCCAGCAAGCAUCCAGCUAAAUAUAGCUGUUUACAACGAUAAGAAAUUUGGUUUUGUUAAUUUAAGUCUGUAAUAUAAACUAGCAUAAACUAAUAUAGAGUAAUCAAUUUGGCAUACUGACGACGUUAGCUAAUCUUGAAGAUAGCUUAAGAAGAUGAAUAUAUUUGAAGCUAACGUUUUCUGUGUCUUCGUCAGUCCUGACUUUCCGGUAACUUUAGUUAAUAUCCGAGGAUGUGUGGUACUUUUAUUUGCUAUAAUGACACAUGUUCAGUUUACCACAAAGUCGUGGUGUAAUAACUGUUGAGUAGUUCGUAGAUGCUGGAUCUCGCUCCCAAACCACUGCGACACCGAAACGAUACCUCUGAGCCUAUGUAUUUUUUAAAAGAUAAAUUAAAUAUGUCAUGGCAUUUUAUGUCAUGUGCUUGCUUUUGUACAGUGUGUGUUGUUUCAGAAAGACAAAAGGCUGGACAGCGUGGAACAGCUGGAUUUUCACUAGCCUUUUCUGAUCACACAAGAGAUCACAGAAUGGAUGACCUGAUUGAUUUCCUGAAACAAAGGAAUAUUCCUGAGGAAACUAUCGAGACCAUGCAGAGAGAGAAGAUUGAUACCAACGUCAUCCAGCUCAUGACAGAUGAAGAGUUAAAGAAUUAUUUGCCAUCAUAUGGAGACCGCAUAGCCCUAUUGGGAUACUGUAAAAGAAAGGAAAAUGCCCCCCCAAACAGUCGCAAAUCAAAACUGUUUGAGCGCUUGAAAUCAAAGCUGGGAAAAAGAAGAACUGCUCAUGAAGAUGACUGUGGUAUGGAAAAAGAAGAGCAAUCUGAAACAACUGUAAAGAAAAAUGCUCUGAAGUCAAAGAGAAAAAUAGAAAUAGGCUGGCUGCUUUAUGAUGAAGAACAACAGGCUUUUAAACAAGUAAGAGCAMSAAGAGGUGGUGGAACAAGGAAGGUSGAUGUAUCAAAGGAUGCUAAAAAAUGUGAGCUAAUCCAGAUGGCUCUUGGCCUUUUCUUUSCAAAUGGGAGAAAUAGAGAAGGGUCCAUAACAGAUUUUGAAAUAGAUCUGAAARAUUAUCAGRAAGUGCCAAUUGAUGACAAAAUCUCUGUUGGACAAAUGUUUCAUGUUACAAAACUGACUAUUCUCAGGUUUUACCUGACCACACGUAAAAAGAAGGCUAACCAGUCAGUCAGUCAAGAUGAARUUUUGUCUUCACCAUUUUUUCAGGAUCAAGACAGUUCUCUGAGUCAGCCUUCMUCUUCAUCUGCUGUAAAUGUUGCAACAACCAGCCAAUCUGCAAUAUYCACAGUAACUUCUGACUUCCUAUUUGUUGGAAACAUAACAAAUCAUGACAAUAUUAACUUUUCACUUCAUUCUGCAGAGCUCAGGGAGGCGGAUUUGGAUAGCAGUAACAUAGUGUUUCUAGGACCGUUUUCUGACAGUGAGCCACAGAUUUUGGGUGACACUUUGCCACUAUCCCCUCAAUCCACAUCUUCUGUCAAGGCAGUGAAGAAGAUACUGGUAGUUCACAAAUGUCAGGUACUUCCUGUGGGAAGUACCUGACCUUUGUGAACUCAUAUGAGCUCAUAGCACACUUCUGUGAUGAUGGACUUCUAGAUAGGGACUUCAAAAUCCAACUUGUCCUGCCAGAUGGAACACAUGAGAUGGGUUAUGAUGACGGAGGAGUCGUUAGAGACUGUCUUUCUGAAUUCUGGAAAGAAUUCUAUGACCAGUGUACUACAGGAAACACUUACAAAGUGCCUUUUCUGAGACAUGAUUAUGGACAGCAGCAGUGG